AUGACCACAGAUACUGCAGGCAAAAUCAGCCUGGGGCUCGAGCGCAUCACGGAUUUCCUGCGGUACCGGCUGCCACGCGACCCGCGACUGGGGCUGCGGGUGGUGCACGUAGCGGGGACGAACGGCAAGGGCUCAGUUUGUGCGCUGAUCUCACAGGCGCUGAUUUCGGCGGGCUACAAGACAGGGACGUUCAACUCGCCACACUUUCUUGAGCCCAACGACGCGAUCCGGAUCCAGGGCGUGGCGAUUCCAGCCAGCGACUACAGAGACCUGCGGGUGUGGAUCAACGAUCUGGAUGCAAAAACGGCGUCAGAGCACGGGCGACUGUCCCUGUUCGAGCAGGCGACGGCGGCGGCGCUGUGGUGGUUUGCGGAGAGCAAGGUGGACGUGGCGGUGAUUGAGGUAGGGAUGGGCGGGCUGCGCGAUGCAACCAAUGUGUUCGGCGUGUCGCUGGUGCAGUGCAUCUGCGCAAUCGACGAGGACCACGUGGGGAUGAUCGGCGACACAAUCGAGGAGAUUGCGCAGGAGAAGGCAGGAAUCAUCCGGCCGGGCUCGUGGGUGGUGCUGGGCACGCAGGGGCGCUCGGCGGCCUUCCACCGCGUGCGGCAGAUUGCCCAGAAGCUGUCGCCCGCGCGCAUCAGGAAGCGGCGCGGCAGUCAUGCGGCCAUAGCACCGCCGACGCCCACCACCGACGUGGAUCUGCCGCUGGUCCUGGCUGGGCACUACCAGGCAGCCAACGCCGGCAUUGCCUUCUAUGCGCUGGAUGUGCUGCGCACGCACUACGGCUUCGACCUUUUGACCGACGCGGCCAUCCAGGUCGGCUUCCAGAACGUGCGUUGGCCGGGCCGUUUGGCGUGGCUGCGCCUGCGGCCUGCCGGCGACGGCCUCGCCCACUGGCUGCUGGCCGACGGUGCCCACAACGAGCCGGCUGCUGCCGAGCUGCGCAAAUACGUCGACACUGCUUUGCGUCGGUUCGCCCAGCAGCGCCAUAUUCUGGCAGGCACUGCUGCCCGCACCCUCAAUGAGCCGCCGCCCGUGCGCUGGAUCGUCGGGUUUACGCGCGGCAAGGAUGUCGCUGCCAUUCUGCGCCAGCUGGUGUGUCCGGCGGACGUUGUCUGGGCUGUGCCCUUUGCCCAGCCCGACGAGAUGCCCUGGAUCACAUGCUGCGACCCCGGCGACAUUGCGCACCAGGUCUCCGCUGCCUUCCCCGACACGCCAGUCACCGAGUUUGUGUCGCCGAUUGCUGCUGUCGAGCAGCUGAGGGUCGAGCAGUCUGCUGACUACCUGACCGUGCUGUGUGGAUCGCUGUAUCUGGUCGCCGAUCUGUACCGCACGCUGGACAUCCGGCCAUUCGACUCUGCACCCGUGUAA